AUGAAUAUAUUCAGGGCAAUAUCACGGCCAACGAGUCAUGUCUGCCGUGGCUUUACGCAACCUACGCUGCCUCGAGUCGUGCGCAGUCUAUCAACACAGAAAUCAUUGAACAGACCAAAGGCUCUCAAUGCGCUCUCGAGUGCUCUCUUCGUGGAACUCAAUGAAGCCCUUAAAGAAUGCGAGGAAGACUCUGAAAUCGGCGCAAUCGUCUUGACCGGCAGCGACAAAGCAUUCGCAGCAGGUGCAGAUAUCAAAGAGAUGGCAUCCCUGACAUUUGCUGAGGCCUACUCCAAGAACUUCAUUGCCUCGUGGUCCUUCAUGUCCUCGUUAAGAACACCAGUCAUAGCUGCCGUGUCUGGCCACGCUCUAGGCGGCGGUUGUGAGCUGGCAAUGAUGUGCGAUAUUAUCUAUGCCACUAAGACAGCGAACUUUGGGCAGCCUGAGAUCAAGUUGGGCACGAUACCCGGCGCAGGUGGUUCACAGAGAUUGACCAAGGCCAUUGGCAAGAGCAAGGCCAUGGAGCUGAUACUUACUGGCAAUAACUACUCGGGUGAGCAGGCCGAGAAGGAUGGUCUUGUUGCCAAAGCCGUGGAGGGCGGAAACAAGGAAGUCGUUGACCAGGCUCUAGCCACUGCUGCCAAGAUCGCGAGCUAUUCACGUGUUGCCGUUGUGGCGGCCAAGGAAGUCGUUAACAAGUCACAGGAUCUAGGUAUUCGAGAAGGCGUUGAGUACGAGAGAAGAAUAUUCCAUGCACUUUUUGGCAGCCAGGAUCAAAAAAUAGGCAUGAAGGCCUUCGCUGAAAAGAAAAAGGCCGAGUGGUCACAUUUAUAG